AGUCAGUUGUAGUUGGAGAACGAGUUGAGUGGUGGCCAAAAAUAAUCAUUUCUAAAUAUAAAUAUCAAAUUCGACAAUUUAUAUCAAACAUUGAAUGUUGUAGACAUUCUUAUUUAUUUAAAAUGAUUUUUCUUCAAGUAGUCGUUUGUUAAUGAUUGUUACUAAAGUUAUCUUUGAUGUUCUACGUCAACAAGGAGAUCAGAUAAAUUGAUCAGAACUAACCAGUAGUACUAAAUCUCAAUACUUGAGUUGUUAUCACAGACCACAGUUGUUAUAAACAUUAAAUAGAUGAAUAAACAUGGGUGAGAGCGACGACGAAGGUAUCCUUACAGGAAUACUUUUUGGUAAUAUUGACGAGUGUGGGAACUUGGAAAGUGAUGUUUUCGAUUCUUCCGAACAAAAACAUCUUGCUUCUCUCGGAAAGUUAGGAUUUGGUUCAUUUGUUAAAGAAAUCAUAAAAGAAGAUAUUGAUAGUGAUCCUGAAAACACAAACUUCUCAAGAAAUGAAUCUUCAGAAUUACUCAAACUGUCACAAGAUAGUGCUUAUUAUUCUCAAAAUAGUCAGGAAUUUGAUAAUUUUAACAUUGAUACAAAGUCACCUUCUGCAGAAGAUUUCUUUGAUAUUAAUGAACUAGCUGAAGAAGAUUCUCAAGGUGCUAACGAUUCAUAUGAUGCUGAUGAUGAAAGAGUACAAAUUGAUGAGAAACUUAUGCCUCCUCCUCCUGUACCUGCAAGUAAGGAGUCAAAAGUACAAGAAGUACACCAACAAGUUGGGGAGAUGGAAAGAAAAAAAUUAGAAACCCCAUUGGCUGCUAUGUUACCAUCAAAAUAUGCAAAUGUGGAUGUUACUGAAUUGUUUCCAGAUUUUAGGCAUGGCAAGGUUUUAAGGUUUUCAAGGUUGUUUGGGCCCGGUAAACCAAGUAGUUUGCCAAAUAUUUGGAAAAAUGUAAGAAAAAAGAGAAAGAAACGUAAACAUAAGGAAAGUAUGAAUCAACAUGACACUGAUUCAAAUUCUGAUGAUGAAAAACCUAAGAACAGGGGAUGGUUCUUUGACUAUGGUCAAGCAAAACCUGAGAAUACUAUGCACGAUGAUGAGGAGUUAUUUUUGAAACCAGCUGAGGUUCCUAAUGAAGAUAAUAAACAUGAUUCUGAAAAAAAAGAUGAGACUGGUCCAAAAGCUGCAGACUGGCGUUUCGGGCCAGCUCAAAUUUGGUAUGAUAUGCUUGAAGUACCUGAAACUGGAGAUGGUUUCAAUUAUGGGUUCAAGGUUGGGAAUCAAAAUACUGAGAGUGAGAAGGAAGAUAAUAAAGAAAAUCAAGAAGAAGGCUUUCCAGAUGAUGCAUUUUUAAUGGUGACUCAGUUACAUUGGGAAGAUGAUGUUGUGUGGGAUGGUAAUGAUAUAAAGCACAAAGUACAACAAAAAUUGAGCUCUAAAACAAAUGCUGCUGGCUGGGUGCCUAGUAGUGGAAACAGAACAGCCCAGGCUUUUAGCCAACCUGGAAAAGUGGGAACAGCUGUAAGACUUCCGCCUGUACCUAAUCCCCCUCUCCCUGGAUUAAAAUCUAAACCACAAAUGCUGAAACCCAGGCAAGAUCCAGAACAAGAUGACACUUGGUAUUCAAUAUUUCCAGUUGAAAACGAAGAUCUAGUUUAUGGAAGAUGGGAAGAUGAUGUUAUUUGGGAUACUGAGAAUAUGAAAUCUAUUCCAAAACCAUCUAUAUUAACCUUAGAUCCAAACGAUGAAAAUAUUAUUCUGGGUAUUCCAGAUGACAUUGAUCCAUCAAAACAAAUUGCUGGACAAGCAACUCCUGUAAAAGUUAAAAUUCCUCAUCCUCAUGUAAAGAAGUCAAAGAUUUUACUUGGCAAAGCUGGUGUAAUUAAUGUUUUACAAGAAGAUACACCUCCUCCUCCACCAAAAUCACCUGACAGAGAUCCAUUCAAUAUAUCAAAUGAUAUAUAUUAUCAACCGAGAACCUCCGAGACCACAUUGAGGUUGAAAGUUGGAGGUGGUAACUUAAUCCAGCAUUCAACGCCAGUUGUGGAAUUAAGAGCUCCAUUCAUUCAAACUCAUAUGGGUCAAAUGAGAUUAAGAAAUUUCCACAGACCUCCUAUAAAACGAUUUUCACAUGGUCCUCUUUUUGAGCCUGGUCCCAAUAGCGUUAUGCCUUUAGUAAAACAUAUCAAGAAAAAAGCAAAGCAACGAGAGGCAGAAAGAAUGGCAUCAGGUGGAGGAGAUGUUUUCUUUAUGAGAACACCAGAAGAUCUAACUGGUCGUGAUGGAGACUUAAUUCUCGUUGAAUUUUGUGAGGAACAUCCACCAUUGAUGAAUCAAGUUGGAAUGUGUUCUAAAAUAAAGAACUAUUACAAACGAAAAGCUGCUAAAGAUUCAGGACCGCCAACUUAUAGAUAUGGAGAGACAGCAUAUGCUCAUACAUCGCCAUUUUUGGGUAUUUUGCAUCCCGGGCAGUCUAUUCAAGCAAUUGAAAAUAAUAUGUACAGGGCCCCGAUCUAUGAACAUACACCACCAGAAACUGAUUUCCUCAUUAUAAGGACUCGCAGUCAAUAUUAUAUAAGAGAAGUAGAUGCCCUUUAUGUAGCAGGUCAAGAGUGUCCUUUGUACGAAGUUCCAGGUCCUAAUUCCAAAAGGGCUAAUAAUUUCGUUAGGGAUUUUCUGCAGGUAUUCAUAUAUCGUUUAUUCUGGAAAAGUAAACAUAACCCCAGACGAAUAAAAAUGGACGAUAUUAAAAAGGCUUUCCCGUCUCAUUCUGAAAGUAGCAUAAGGAAACGUUUGAAAUUGUGUGCAGACUUCAAAAGAACAGGAAUGGAUUCUAACUGGUGGGUUAUCAAACCAGAAUUUCGUCUACCAACAGAAGAAGAAAUCAGGGCUAUGGUAUCUCCAGAGCAAUGUUGUGCUUACUUUAGUAUGGUAGCUGCUGAACAGCGUUUGAAGGAUGCUGGAUAUGGAGAAAAAUUUCUUUUCACUCCCGCUGAAGACGAUGACGAAGAAAUGCAAUUAAAAAUGGACGACGAAGUAAAAGUAGCCCCUUGGAAUACAACAAGAGCAUAUAUCCAAGCUAUGAAGGGAAAAUGCUUACUACAACUUACUGGUCCUGCAGAUCCAACAGGUUGUGGAGAAGGAUUUAGCUAUGUUCGCGUACCUAACAAACCUACACAAAGUAAAGAAGAACAAGAGUCACAACCCAAGAGAACUGUAACUGGUACUGAUGCAGAUUUGAGAAGGUUAUCUCUAAAUAAUGCCAAAGCUUUAUUAAGAAAAUUUGGAGUUCCAGAAGACGAGAUAAAAAAACUGUCAAGAUGGGAAGUCAUUGAUGUCGUCAGAACUUUGUCUACAGAAAAAGCAAAAGCUGGAGAAGAAGGCAUGGAUAAGUUUUCUCGAGGAAACAGGUUCUCCAUCGCUGAGCAUCAAGAACGGUACAAAGAGGAAUGUCAAAGAAUAUUUGACCUACAAAAUCGAGUACUUGCUAGCGCUGAAGUUUUAAGUACAGACGAAGGGGAAAGUUCUGAAGACGAAAGUGAUGAAGAUAUUGAAGAAAUGGGUAAAAACAUUGAAAACAUGUUAGCAAAUAAGAAAACUAGUUCUCAGUUGUCAUUAGAAAGGGAAGAACAAGAAAGACAAGAGCUAAGAAAGAUGAUAUUAGAAGGUGAGAAAAAAGAGAAAGAAAAAAAGAAGAAUGAAGAUGAAAGUGAAGAUCAAAAUUAUAACCAAGGAAGGAUAUUGAAGAUAAUUAGAACAUUUAGAAAUCCCCAAGGCGGAGAAUAUACUAGAGUUGAAUUAGUUAGAAAACCCGUUGUGAUAGACGCAUAUGUUAAAAUCCGUACCACCAAAGAUGAAGAAUUCAUAAGGCAGUUCGCGACUCUCGAUGAGGCACAAAAAGAAGAAAUGAAGAGAGAAAAAAGAAGGAUACAAGAACAACUCAGAAGAAUAAAAAGGAAUCAAGAAAAAGAGAAGAUGGGGGGAAGUCAUUCUCAGAUUCAAAGUUCUCCCAUCGUUCCUCCUGCAGGAACUACUGUUGAAAAGUUGCCAAAUCCUAGCGAAUCUAUUUCAACUCCCAUAACUCCAACUUCUAAUAAGACAAUUACAUCUUCACCUUCAAAACCUAGAAGGAAAACGAAGUUCAAACCAGAUUUGAAGUUGAAAUGUGGAGCUUGCGGAAAUGUUGGUCAUAUGAGGACAAAUAAAGCUUGUCCCUUAUACCAAAAUACAACAGAACUAAAUCCUCCCAUAAAUGUGGCAAUGACAGAGGAACAAGAAGAAGACAUCGAAAAGCAACUCAAUACCGAUGAUGAAGAUCUUGUUAAUGUUGAUGGUACAAAAGUGAAAUUAUCUGGGAAGUUAUUGAAAAAUUAUUUCCAGCAUGCAGAAGAAAUCAAACGUAAGAGUUUGAUGUUGAAAGUUCCAAAGGAUGCACUUGGUAAAAAGAGACGAAGAGGUGUUCAAGAUUUACAUUGUGAUUAUCUAAAAAGACACAACAGGCCUGCAAAUAGAAGGCGAACUGAUCCUGUUGUCGUUCUGUCCACUAUACUAGAAAAUAUUCUUAAUGAAAUGAGAAACUUACCAGAUGUACAGCCAUUUUUGUUUCCUGUUAAUCAAAAGUUAGUUUUAGAUUAUUAUAAGAUAGUUCAAAGACCUAUGGAUUUACAAACAAUACGAGAAAAUUUGAGACAGAAAAAAUACCAGAGCAGAGAAGAAUUUUUGGCAGAUGUUAAUCAAAUUGUGGAGAACUCAACUAUGUAUAAUGGAGCAAAAAGUAGUCUCACAAUAGCCGCUCAAAGAAUGCUCAACAAAUGCGUAGAACGUUUAGGAGAAAAAGAAGAUCGACUUAUGAGAUUAGAAAAAGCUAUCAACCCAUUACUAGAUGAUAAUGAUCAGGUAGCUUUGACAUUCAUUUUAGAAAAUGUGACCAAUGCAAAAUUGAAAACAAUGUCUGAAUCAUGGCCGUUCCUUAAACCUGUUAAUAAGAAGUUAGUUAAGGAUUAUUACAGUAUCGUUAAGAGACCAAUGGAUUUGGAAACAAUAUCAAAGAAAGUGGCAGCUCAUAAAUACCAUAGUAGGCAUGAAUACUUACUAGAUGUCGAACAAAUAUUAGAAAACUGCAUUUUGUACAAUGGUAAAGAUUCUACUUUCACUGAGAAAGCAGAAAUUUUAGUCAAAGCUUGUAAAGAAACUUUAGAUGAGUAUGACGAGCACCUUACACAACUUGAAAGUAGAUUGAGUUUAGCUCAAGAAAGGGCCAUGCUGGAUGAUGAUCAAUCUUGGAUAGGUGGAGACGAAGAAAAUUACACUAUCGCUGAACCAGAUCGAAGUAGUCAAACAAGCUCACCUGAUCAUCUAUCGUCUGUAAAAUCACAGGUCGACGAAUUCGACCUCAUAGAUGUUGAAGGAGAAGGAAUGCAGGCACUCGAAAACUCAUUGUUACCUCCUCCUCCGAAACAGCAAAAGAAAAAUCCUAAAAAGGAAGAAAUACAUACUUUGGAGGAAGACCUUCAAUUUUCAAGCGAAGAAGAGCUGGAUGAAGUUCCUCUACAUGAAUUUGAAGAUGAUACUAAGGGGAUCCUUAUUUCAGCGGAGAUGCCAAUGGAAGGUGUCGUUGCUGAUGAUGACAGUCAGCAGGCUGCUGAAGCUAUGGUACAGUUAGGAACAAUGGGAUAUUAUCCUCCAAACGAGGGUCCCGAAGCAGACAAUGCAGAAGCCUUUAUGUACAAAGAGGAAAGUAUAGAUGUCGAUCCCAAUUAUGAUCCAUCAGACUUUUUAAUGUCUGGUCUUCCUCUUCGCAAAGUCGAUGAAACUGAACUUCAACAAGAAACUGCUAUGAAAAUUCAUGAUGAUCUAGCUGUUAGUGAAAGUGAUGACGAAGGUACGAACAUUCCACAGGAAAAUCAAGAAACUCUCCCAGACGAAGAUGGUGCUGGUGACAUAUGGUUUUAAAACCACGUGGUUGUUAAUUUACUGCCAUGUGUUAUAUUUAAGUUUAAUUUAUUGUAUAUAUAAGAAGGCUUGUAAUUCAUAGAAAAUAGUAACAAUAAAAAGUGAAUAAUCCUAUAAAUAAA